CGGCCCGGCCGCCAUGAGCGCCGCGCUCUUCAGCCUAGACGGCCCCCAGCGCGCGCCCUGGCCCGAGCCCGCCGCCUUCUACGAGCCGGGCAGGGCGGGCAAGCCGAGCCGCGGGGAGCCGGGCCGCGGGGAGCAGGACCGCGGGGAGCCGGGCGCCGCCAUGUACGACGACGAGAGCGCCAUCGACUUCAGCGCCUAUAUCGACUCCAUGGCUGCCGUGCCCACGCUGGAGCUGUGCCACGACGAGCUGUUCGCCGACCUCUUCAACAGCCACAAGGCGGGCUGCCCAGAGCCCCCGCCCGGCCGCGCCCGCGUC